AUGACGGCGGUUGCACAAUUAAUAUUAGGCAGCCCGCUUGGACCCCCCGGCGAACCAAUUAUAGGCCAUCUGCGUAUUAUACCAACUGAUAAUCCAGAGUACUUCUAUAUGAGAUUGGCUAAGGAAUAUGGAUCCGACAUCCUAUCAUUCAAUGUUCUGGGCCAAUCCGUCAUCGUUCUCAACUCGGUCCGGGCAGCCACUGAUAUUCUCGACAAGCGCGGUGCCAACUAUUGCGAUCGACCUCGAUUCGUUCUUUUCGAAGUCAUGGGAUGGCACAAAACGCUUACCUUCCUAAGAUGGGGCCCUUCAUUCAAAAUGCACCGUCGUAUUCUACAAAAGAGCUUUCAAAAGAGCAACAUUGGACGGUACCGCGGCUUACAAGAGCGAGAGGCGAUCAUAUUGCUCAGAGGAAUUAAUGACAAACCAACAGAAUGGGAAACAAUUCUUCGACGUUUUGCUACGGCCAUUGCUCUUGGAGUAGGGUUUGGUAUCAAGGUUGAGACGGACACAGAUCCUUUUAUUCGAGUUGCUGCGGACGCGGCCUAUGCGUUAGGUCAUGGAGGAGCUCCUGCCGGGACACCAGUCGAUUUCUUUCCGCUGUUCAGGUUUCUACCGAGUUUUCUUCAUGACCGAUCUCUCAAGUUUGCCAACCAAUGGAGAUUUGCCAUUGUCAAUUUGCGCAAUAAACCAUACGAGACAAUCAUGGCGUCAAGAACUCGAGUACAGUCUUUAGUGCAAGAGAUGUUAGACCAACGGCAAAACCAGGUGGAGCAGGGCCAAGCUCCUGAUAUAUCCGAGGAAGACAUAAAGGGUGCUGGCGCUGCUGUGUUUGCAGCUGGCCAAGAUACUACCUGGAGCACAUUGGUCGUGUUUAUACUCAACAUGGUGCUACAUCCCGAGGUCCAAAGCAAAGCCCAGCGCUUAUUGGAUCAGGUGACAGGAAGAGAUCGAUUGCCUACCUUUGACGACAGACCCCAUUUGCAAUAUAUAGACUUCAUAGUCCAGGAGACCUUUCGGUGGUGUCCUGUAAGCCCAUUAGGAGUUCCCCACCGCUCAUUGAAAGAUGACUUUUACGGAGACUACUUCAUACCAGCCGGCUCGUUUGUCUAUGCCAACGCUCGCGCCAUGACCCAUGAUGAGACGGUUUAUAAGAAUCCCGACGACUUUGACCCAGAUCGCUACUCUCCCUUGGAGGAAGGCGGCCGAGGAGAGCCACUACCAAUUGGGCAGUUUGGCUUUGGCAGAAGGAUAUGUGUCGGUAAACAUUUUGCAGAGGCUACGGUAUGGAUUGUGGUUGCGGUCAUGCUGAGCACUAUGAAUAUCGAGAGGGAAAAGGACGCCAACGGCACUGAAAUCAUGCCAGUGGUUGAGUUGACGAAUGGAUUGACUAGCCAUCCCAAGAGUUUUCCUUGUCUGAUACGGCCGCGGGAUGAGAAGAGUGUUGCCGUUGUUCGAGAUGCACUGCUAUGUAUAGCGGGGCGGGAUAUUCCAACUACGUGA